GCGACUUCCGGUUCCAUGUAGCCCGGCACCGGAAGCUUUUUGAGUGCUCAGGGAGGCGGUGAGGAAAAAAAGAGCACUAGCGGUAGAGAUUCAGGCCGGCAUCAUGCUCAUUAAAGUAAAGACGCUGACCGGCAAGGAGAUAGAAAUCGAUAUUGAGCCGACAGACAAGGUGGAGAGGAUAAAGGAGCGAGUGGAGGAAAAGGAGGGGAUCCCACCACAGCAGCAAAGACUGAUCUACAGUGGAAAACAAAUGAAUGACGAGAAGACAGCAGCUGACUACAAGAUACAAGGUGGUUCAGUGCUACAUUUGGUCCUUGCGUUGAGAGGGGGCUGCUGAAGUCGACUAAUGCUGCAAGCCCAAGCCAUUGGUAUAACUUGGAUGAGGAGCUGCAUGAUAUGAGGGGUUUGCAGCACCGGGUGUCGAGCCCCCUCAUAAUUUGCUUGUAAGAUAUUAUUAUGCUGUUAUGUUCAUUAAAAUGUUCCCUUCCCUAAAUAAAUGUUUACCUCACUUCUA